AUGAUUUGUGACUAUGCGACACCAGUGAUGUUCCCCGAAGGUAAAAACAUAUUUCAAAUGGGGCACCCAGUUGAUCGCAUGCUCUUCAUUAUAGAAGGCACUGUCUUGACCUACAGCACAACUAACGGUGCCUCCUCAUCAAUUGUCACCAAGCAACUUGGGAAAGGGCAUAUUUAUGGAGAAGAGCUUCUGAUGUGGGCAUCGCCCAACAAAUCUAAGGUUGACAAGCUUCCUACCUCCACCGAAAUUGUGAAAUGUCAUACAAAAGUAGAAGGCUUUGCUCUCUCAGCCAAGGACUUGAUAAGUGUAGCCUCCAAAUGCCGACGCUGGUGGAACUUAGACAAUGACCCUUGA